AUGUCAACGUCGCCGUCACCAACAGCUAUCAUCACUACUACUACAACCAAUACCACAACUUCACCGUCGUCGUCAUUAUCAUCAUCAUCGACCUCAUCAGCAUCCUCAUCUUGUUUGUUGUCAUCCUUAUCGACCACAACCGCCAACGCCGCUGUCAGCCAACACAACUCAUCCACGGCUGCACUGUACCAACUGACCCCAUCCUCGCUGACCGGUUCAACAGGAGGAGCGGCAUCAAUCACCCCUCGGAAGCAGCUUGAUCAAGCACUGAAUCCCAAAACCAUCACGACGACUGCUUCCUCAUCGCCGUCGUCAUCGUCGUCCUUGCUGAUCAAUCAUCUCACUAGCAACUCCGGCGAUGGUUUGCUUAAGCAACAGCUCGUUUGCUACGACUCCAAAAUGCCAUCUGCGUUGACCAAGGGUACCGGCGGCAAAAAAGUCAACACGUCCCUCUCUCACGCAUCAUCCAUCGUUAAUGUGAAUGACAUCGCGGCCGGGUUGGCUAGUGCCGUUGCUGCAGCAGUGGCGGACGCCGUAACCGUUGCAACCAUCGGCCGAAAUUUAAACCUAAAUCUAAACAACUAUUCCCAGCUGCGCCAGCAGCUCGAGAUGCAACAAGCAACCGGUUCAGCCAGCAGUCGUAACAGUGCACAGAGCAGCAGUAGCAAUGCAUCGGAACCUCCGUCAUCCGAGUCGGUUGGUAGUCAGUUAAAGCAGUUUCUCAACGGCGGCGGCACAAACAGCGUCAGCAACAAUCAUCAUUCCCAACAGUAUCAACAGCGCCGGGUAGUCAGUUCUGCUGGCAGUGGGGCUGCUUCUGCACAUGGAAUCGACAGCAGCAUUCGAAACUGUUUACCAACAUUGGCGUCUUCGUCGAGGUCGGCGGCAUCCGUUUCGAUCCGAAGCGAUAUUUGUCUCCAGUAG